CGGGCGGUGUUUCCCGGGCCCCGCGGGGGCGCUCGGGACGCGGCGAUGCCGGAGCGGGGCGGCGGCGCCUCGGAGCGCGCCGCGCUGGCCCUGGCCCGCCUGUCCGAGUGGGCGGACGCGCACCUGGGGCUGCUGCGGGGCCUGAUCGCCGGCACGGCCGUGGCCGGGGUGUUGCUGCUGGCGCGGAGCCUCCGUGUGACAACAAAGUUCACAAGUCCUUUGGAUAUACCUGUGGAGUUUGUAGAAAAGAAUGUGAAAUUAAGAGGGAAAUUACAUCACAUCACAGAGAAGGGCCUGGAAGUUGAGCACAUUCCCAUCACCAUUCCUUUCAUCUCAGCCAUCCAGAGAAAAUGGCAGCCGGAGGGGCUCCUGCUGGUCCGCCUGGCCGGGGUGGAGCUGGCGCCAGGGGCCACGGCCUGGCUGCAGAGGGAGCUGCUCCCCCGACAGCCCCUGUGGUUCCAGCUCCUGGCGAGGGACAGCUCGGGCCUGCACUGCCGCGUCCUGCUCCACAAGGGUGGAUUUCUCAGCGUGUGCUUGAAUGAAGAGCUCUUGAGCCAAGGGCUGGGCAGAGCAGUCGGGAUUGAGGGGCUGCAUCACCACUCCCGCCUCUACUGGAAACUGCACAAAAGGCUCCUCCGGGCUGAGUUAAAGGCUGCAAAGAAAAAUAAAGGCAUAUGGAAAGAACAAAGCUACUCUGAAAGAAUCCAGGAGCACAUAAGCAGCAAUAAAUUCCUGAAGAGGCUGAAACAGUUUGUGAGCUGGGUUAGAAGCUCUACUGAGAGGUGAAAAGGUGGGGAAUGCAGCUCCCCAAGUUCUGGGGUUUGGGUAUGUUUGUGAUCACACACAGUGCUGGGAUGUUGAGGGUCCCUGUCUCGGACACAAACCCCACAGUGUUACACAGAAUAUAAACCCCAGUUCGUGGUAAUUUAGAAUAUAUCCUAUAUCAUAACUCACAUGGGACUGAAGUUCAGUAGUAGCGUGCAGGCCACCAAUGAAAAUGUUCUGGUGCCAAACUUCUUCACAGUGAUGUCCUAAAUUCAUUGUCCAUUUUCCCACCUGCUGAACUCUAGACUGUGCUGCCCAGUGCAGCUUUGAGGGGCACCUCAAACCCGUGUCAGACCUUUACAAAGAUCGUGGGAUGGGUUUAAACACAACCUUUUUGUUUCAAUUCUGUUCUUAUGCUACUUUUUGGUGUCAUUUGUGGUUUAAAACUUGUUCAUCUUGAAUAAUGGGUUGCAUUGUUAGUGAUAUAAAAGGUGAUUUGUUGUGGCUGAUCUUAGAAAGCUGAUAAAGUUGUAAUAACUAAAGUUCCUCAGGGGAAAAAAAUCAUAUCAAAGAAUAUGUCAGGAAUCCAAAUUUUUCAAAGACAACUUUCAUUUCAAGAGGAAAAACCUAUGUUGUUCCUUUCUGAUAGUUCUGUAAGUGUCUAAAAUUAGAUGAAUAUAAAACUUCAACAUGAAAUUUGACAAAAAGGAUCAGACCGUACUAAGAACUUGAACUCUUGUUUUAUUUUUGAUACACAUGUGAUGUAUAUGAGUGUAUUACUAUUUAUGUUGUAAAUAUUCUCAGAAUAAAGAUCGAAUUUCUUA